AUGAGUCUUGGCAUUCGCUGUAGCACCCUCUGGCCUAACAAGCCGGUCCUGACGGAGGCUAAUCUGCCCGACCAAUCUGGAAAGGUCUUCAUCGUAACUGGCGCAACCAGCGGAAUCGGCAAGUAUCUCACGGACAUCCUAUACCAGCACAACGCAAAGGUCUACCUUGCGGCCCGCUCCGAGUCAAAAACCAGCGAGGUUAUCAAGGAGAUGCAGACAGCACAUCCGACUUCCCGCGGCACCCUCCGCUUCCUCAACCUCCAGCUCGACGAUCUCUCCACCAUCAAGAAGUCGGCCGACGACUUCCUCACCCAGGAAGACCGCCUCGAUGUGCUGUGGAACAAUGCCGGUGUCAUGAUCCCUCCCUCCGGGUCCGUCACGAAGCAGGGCCACGAGCUCCAGUACGGUGUCAACAACCUCGGCCACUUUCUCUUCACGCUCUUCCUCCAACCCACCCUGGAGAAAACCGCCAGGUCUGCGACCAAGGACUCUGUCCGCAUUAUCUGGGUGUCGUCCAGCGCCGCGGAUGCUGCCCCCAAGCCCGCGAUCGACUUCAGCAACAUGGACUACCAUCGCGAGGAAGGCGCCUGGCAAAAAUACGGGCGCAGCAAGGCGGCCAGCGCGAUCCACGCCGCCGAAUUUGCCCGCAGGACUCAGGAGGCUGGCAUCAUUAAUCUGGCUCUCAACCCUGGCAACUUCAUGACGAACCUGCAGCAGAACAUGUCCAAGAUGGAAGCCACCAUGUUUAAACUCCUCACUUCCGAUACCAUCAAGGGUGCAUACACGGAGCUGUUUGCCGGUUUGAGUGACACAAUAACAAUGAAGAAUAACGCCGGUUGGGUGUCACCGUUUGGCAAGGUUGAGCCAGUCCGCAAGGACCUCGUGGAACCCGAGAUUGGCCAGAAGUUCUGGGAAUGGAGCAUGCAGCAAGUCAAGCCGUUCAUGUAAACCCCUGGCAUUAGAAUUUAGGCCAUACCUUUCCUUGGUUGAGAAAUAAUUAGAC